CAACGAAGACGUCGCCUCGUCUCCCAAGCCACCUGGAUAAGUCAUCUCGUGUGCGGUUCGUCUGCGAAACCGGUCAUAAUUCGAUCCGCUGUUUCGUUUUUGUGUAGUGUCGCGUCGCGUUGGGAAAACUCGGAAAACCCGCGCUUAGCUGCAACCCAGUAGAAAUGCGCUGCUUCCUGCCCCUGGUGGCCCUGCUCUUGGCAGCGGGUGUCCACGCGGAUGUGUCCCACCUGGACACGGAUCUUCAGGAGGAUGGCUACCAUUACAAGCAGCCCUCGGUGCCUUUUCCGCCGCCGGACUCCGGAAACGGCAUUGAGGACUCGGGCAUAGGAGGCCCAGGACCUGGACCGGCGCCCACUGCCCCGGCUCCAUCGUACGGUCCGCCGCAGACGCAGCCACCACGUCCGCCGCCGCAGCCCACUCCUACAGCUCCAGCUCCUUCUUAUGGACCUCCUCAGACACAGCCACCUCGUCCUCCACCACAGCCCACUCCUACGGCUCCGGCUCCGUCUUAUGGACCUCCGCAGACGCAGCCACCUCGUCCUGCGCCUCAGCCAGUGCCCACUCAGCCUGCUCCUUAUAGACCUCCACAGCCUCAGCCUCCUUCGCCGCAGCCUGGACCCGAGUAUCUUCCUCCGGACCAGCCCAAACCACGUCCCACCCCAUCGCGCCCGCAGCCACCACCACCACCACCUCCCAGGCCGCAACCCACUCCAGGAUAUGGACCACCGCCGGCACCACCGUCGCCUCCCAGGCCGCAACCCACUCCAGGAUAUGGACCACCACCGGCACCUCCAGCACCCCCAGCACCCACUCCAGGAUACGGACCACCACCAACGCAGCAGCCGCCACGUCCCCAGCCUCCGCGUCCCCAGCCUCCCAGGCCCCAACCUCCUAGCCCACCGCCGCCACCACGACCCUCGCCAGGAGCUGAGUACCUGCCGCCUCCCGGAGAGAACGAGGUGACUCCGCCGCAACCACAGCCCACUGCUCCGGCUCCAGAGUACGGACCACCACCAUCCUCGCCACCUGCACCGCCACCAGGACCCACUUAUCAGCCACGUCCGCCCACUCCGCCAAGUCCACCUGCACCGACCUACCAGCCCCGCCCACCGGCACCAAGUCCCCCUGCACCACCACCAGGACCCACUUAUCAGCCGCGUCCUCCGGCACCACCAGCACCAACCUAUCAGCCACAGCCACCUUCGCCUCCGGCACCACCAGCACCCACUUAUCAGCCCCGUCCACCAGCACCACCGGCACCACCCACUCCGGAGUACGGACCACCACCCACCAGCGGCGGAGAGGAGGCUGGAUCCCUGGGACCCGAUGGCUACAACUACAAUAAGCCUGCCAGACCCUUUACCUUUUAGAAAAGCGGCUCUUGUGCCCGACACUGUCCGAUGAUCUACCAUUGGACCCACAGCCCGCAACUCAAAUCUUUUCCAAAUAAAAACAAAUCUCGAAAGCCAAA